GACUAACCGAAGAAGUAUCAUUUUCAGGUUUGCCCUUCCAAUACGCAAGGAAAAUAAGAAGAAAACGCGGCGUUUGAAAAUUCUUCUUUAAAAGAAAGGAUAGAAAUGGAGGAAAUCCAAAGACCGGUAAGAUAUCUGAGAAUUCUGAUUUGGGUUUGUGAUUCUUCUUUGAGAUUGUGUGGAGAGAUUAGAUUGGAAGAAGGGAUCAGUAGUAAGAGAAUGGGUGUUUUGGAGAAAGGAGUUUUUAUGAAGAGAAGCGAGAAAUUCAAUGAUGGUUAUGUUGUGGAUAUGGAGAGCUUGGUGCAUGUUGCUGAUAAAGAUUCAAAUGAAAGCAAUUUGCAGAGGACACUUUCUCGUAAAGGAUCUCAACGAGUAGAAUGGAAGGCUGCAGUUGAAAGAGAUACAUCAGAUGCAGGUACAGGUGCUUUUGGUGGGGUUUGCAUGGCAGAGAAAUCCGUUGUGGUUCCGCUAUUAGUAACACCAACAGCAGAACCUGUCACAACCACCCCAACAACCACAGCAGAAAACAGAUGUAGGAGAUUCAUCGGAAGCAGCAGUGGCAUUGGUAUGCGAUCUUCAUGGCUCGAUCCUCGGAAGGUCCUCUUCCUGUUUGCUACCUUGUCGAGCAUGGGAACGAUAAUACUCAUAUAUUUCACUCUCUCCAUCUCCAAUAUCGACGCCCGUGACGCCCAAGCCCGAUAGCAAGACAGUGCACAAAAUACAUAGAAAAUAGACCCGAAUGCUUUAGCAAGCUUGCCUUCAGUACAAACGGCUGCACGAGAGAGAGAGAAAGAGAGAGAGAGAGAGAGAGAGACGUAACACUUACUGUUGUGAUUUAAUGGCUCGUCAUGUAAAGGGGGUGGAACAUGUGUCAGAGAUCUUGGUGGAAGUGGGCCACGCAUGUAAUUUUUUUCAAACUGCUCUUCUUUUUUUUUUUUUUACCUUGUAUAAGUUCGGCUUGUCUGAUUAGCCGAUCAAAAUUAUUUUUCAUCCUUUGUAUGUUUAGUAUAAGUUUAUAAAUGAUCUGGCUCUGUAACAUGCUUGCCGUCAACUGAAAUCAUUGAAACAUGUUCCAUCCUU